AUGAACUGCUUGUUUGCAAUCCUGUUUUUCUUUGUGAUAAGUACAGGCAUUCUUCUAUUUACAACUGAGAUGGUGCUUAUUUACAUAAUUAUGAAUGAUGAGAUGCAAAGUGAGUUCGCUAAUGUUUAAAUAUCGAUAAUCAUAUCACAUGCUGUUAUGACUUUCAUCUCUAUAGCAUGCACAAUUAUCACCGACUAUCAGUCUAAUCAAAUUAGAAAGAAAAUCAAAAUGAUAUUCCAAAAUGGCUAUCGUAACGCAGUAUUGGAAAAGCUAUAUAAGAUAGUUUGUUGUCCUAAGUUUAGCAAUAAAAUAUACUCGCAUUGUGGCUUUACUUUUGGCUUUACAGUUAAAUUCGUACAAGUUAUUUAUCUAUUUGCCAACAUAGCACUCGUUAGAUUCUUCAUUUAUGACUUAGUAUCUAGUGACGAGAAAGAUGAAGUUUAGAACUAGCAUCAGUUGAUAUUUUAUAUAUACCUUGGAGUUUACGGGGCUAAUUUUUUCAUGGUACUCUAUAAACCAAUUAUCUUCUUGAUAACAGUGAUAAUCCUUAUGAUAGUCUCAUUUCUUUUCGUAAUCUUUUACAUAAUCUACCGAGUGAUCAAUAAAAUUCUUAAGUUUUUCCAUAUUUGCAAAGUUCAGGAUGAAGAUGACCUUGGGAACAAUAAUGAUGAGAGAGGAUAGAACCUUUGGGAUUACGAAGCUAACUUAAAUAAUAGCAAUAGCAUUAACGCUUCCGUUGGAGGAUUGAGUCCUCAGGUCAACAGAAAUCGCAAUUAGCAAAGAAGGUCUGCUGCCAGAAAUUCAAGGAAUCAAUAAAGUGUUGCUGAAGUAAACGGAAGAGCAGAAAAUGAAUUGAAAAAUAAAAAGUACAAAGAGACACUCUAAUUUGUUAAAAAAGUAAUCAGUUAAUGGAGCAAGCCAAUUGAUAAAGUCAAGAUAUACUAAAUAUAAGAAGAAGGAGGAGGGGUGCUUGAAUGUGCUAUAUGCUAAGAUAAGCUCGAAGCAGAGAAUGAAAAAAUCACUCAGCUCAAAUGCAACCCCAAGCACGUGUUUCAUUCAUAGUGUAUUAAGAAAUGGCUGGAGCAAGAAUCCAAAAGCAAUCACACUAGUUGCCCACUUUGCAGAAGCGAUUUGGUGUAGGUUUUCAAUGAAUACCAAAAGAAUAAGAAACGCAGACAGAAGUUAAAAAAACUUAAGGGAUCUUAGUAACCUCUUUCUGAGAAGAGAGUGAAAGAAGUUGUGGAUAAGAGGAACUCGCAUCUACCAGGAAAUAAGAAGGAAAUGCCUGAUUCCUUAGGGAAAAUCUUUUAAAACUAAGGUAUUAUGGCUAAUGUAACAGGCUCCGCAACGAUUAAAAAUAUUUCAUCUCAGUAAGUAGUUUAGGAAAUAAGACCAGCUCCUUAACCCUUAAACAAUGUGUUCGAAGUAUCCAGUGAGUAAAGUAUUAGUAUAAUACAAAGACACGGGGAGGGUGAUUUGAGUCUGUUGUAACUUAAUGAGGAAGCAUUUGCUAGAUAAGGUAGUAUAGCUAGACCAGGCAAUCACCCUCAAAUUAAUUUCAUGGUAGAUUAGAUACACUCAGCUGAUUUAGUAGAGCAGUUUGAACCUCCGAUAUCUGAUUUGAGAAGUGUAGGGAGCCGUCGUCGGCUUAACUAUCAUAGAUACAGUUAUGCUUUUGAUAACCACUCGAAUGACAGCUAAGUCACUAGAGUGCAAGUCUUAUAAAAUAAACCUAAAAAUACUAGUAACAAUAAUAAUGGCAGCAUCAUUUAAUCAGCCGAAAAUAAUGAUUCUCAAUGA